GCAGCCCACCUUCCGCUUCCGGGUUGCUAUUAGCGGCGUGCUAGCAGGAAAAAGGCCAGGGCGAGUGUCCGCUGCUGAUGUCAUGUUUCAUGAGCAGUGAGCAUGGAAUACGCCUUCAUGCACGGCCAGUCCAUGGGACAACAUCUCGCCGAGGACCCGGAGCUGGCAGCCAUCAAAGCCAGAGUUCAAGAGCUGGAGAUGGAAGAAGAGACUGAACGACUGAAAGAGGAAGAGGAGGAAGAGGACAGGUGCGAUGCCGAAGAGAUGCAGAUCCUGACCAGCAGCCCCCGGCCUGGGCCGUUCUACAACAUGACACCCGAGGAGAGGAUAGAUGCAGACAACAGAUCCGUCUACGUCGGCAAUGUGGACUAUGGAGCCACUGCAGAUGAGCUGGAGAUCCAUUUUAACGGCUGUGGUCCCGUCAACCGCGUCACCAUCCUCUGUGACAGAUUUUCCGGUCACCCUAAAGGCUUCGCUUACAUCGAGUUCUCUGAUCGCAACUCGGUGCAGAGUGCCGUUGCGCUGCACGAGACUUUGUUCAGAGGAAGAGUCCUUAAGGUGAUGCCCAAAAGGACCAACAUGCCCGGCAUCAGCACCACAGACCGGGGCGGGCACUGGGGCGGCCACUCGCGAGGCAGAGGCCGAGGCUCCCAGCCCCCGAGGGGCCAGCACGGCUCGCGGGGCAGGUUCCGCUACCAGUCCUCGAGACCCCAGCACCAAAACCCUCACCCUUACUACGGCGGUCCCCCUCAGGGCAAGAGACAGUGGGGCCACAUGGAUUACCACGAACAGACGUCCAAGCGCUACCCUUGCCUUCUACUCAUCACCCCGCCUUCGGAGGAGCUGGGGGCGGGGACAAGCGGACAACACUACGCCCAGCAGCGCUAGUGAGCCCCUCCCCCUUGCUGCGUGUUUACCAAGUGGGCGAAUGGACUGGUUUUAAAGAGCAAACGUUUCCAGGCAUUACUAGUUCCAGUUGUCUGCAUCCUUCCUCCAGGUAGUUGCUUUUUCAGCUUGUGUUGUGUAAAUGCAUGACGGGGAGAGACCACGUUGUUGUAGUCCAGCAGCUGUGCUCUUUCAUUUUAACAAAUGUAUUGUUUCUGCUUGCUCUGUAGAGUUCCUCUCCCUCUUUAACUUCUGCAACCUUUUGCUUUAUAUGUGAACAAAUAAAAACAUUGAUCUGA